CUGGGUUGGCGUUAACCAGAUCGUUGUUAUUAUCAUCGCUGUUUUUGAUGCUCGAAAAGAAUUCAUCGGUGGAGUUGAUAAAAAUUCACGAAAAAACACAAUAAUAGUGGAGAAGAUAAAUCGAAAAUAAAUGCAACAUGGAGAUCAUUGAGACAGUUGUCACAGACGCCAUUGAGGUGGAGGAAUCAACAACUACGGUUUCGACUUUGGAGCCUGAAAAGUCCAAAACAGAGUUUGUGUGGACACUACAAGCAACAUGGCAUCUAGUUCAUGUUCGUCUGGACAUGGACCAGGAGUUUGACCAGCCUGUAUGCAAAAAGAAGAAGCUGUGGGAGACCGUUGCCGAGCGAGUCACUGCAAAGUUAAGGGCUGAUGGCUGUACAGAUAUUCCAGUCAAAGCCUUUGAGUGCGACCUGAAGUGGAGAAACAUGUUAGCCACAUACCGCAAAAAUGCAGAACGAGCCAAAAGACUGGGAAUCCAUAGUGUACACUGGGAGUUCUUCAAAGAGAUGCAUGAAGUGCUGGGUAGGAGCUAUGAGGAAAUUGAUGCUCAGCGCAAGGCAAAGCUCAAUGGCACAAAGCUGGGCAGGGCAAUAGCCAGUAAGCGAUUUACCCCAAUACUGCCCACGCCCACCGGAAGCACAGCUACACAGUUACCCACCACUAGGCCCCCUCAGGAUUUGCUGCAGUUGUACCUGGAGCUGCAGGAAAGGAAAUUGAACAUGUGGGCUCAGCAGAAAGCUCUGGAGGAGAGGAAGAUUGAGGCCAUCAAUAACUUGGCACGUGCCAUUACUUGUCUGUCCCAGGACCUUUCCAUGCAAAUGCCUAAAGAGAGUGUGGUGCCAGACACCCCUUCUUCCCAGCAAUAAGUAGUCAUAUCCUUGGCAUAGUCCUAUCAGAUAAGGAUGUGCAUUUUUUUUUUAAGAGAGAUAACAAGUAUGUUGAAUCCAGUAAAGAGAACUGUUCUAACAAAAUGAACAACUUAAUGUUCUCUUAAUGCUAACUGUAAAUUAUUACAAAAUAGGCUCUGUUUUCCUUUUCUCCAUUACUAAUAGCAAGUAUUACCAGUAGUUCACAUUACUGAUCAGUUUGGAUUCUCAUGUAACACAAGUAAAGAACAUGCUAUACAAGAUAUUUUUGUUUUAAUAAAAAAAGUCAUACAAAA